UGGAUAUGUCAUAAGUUUUUGAGUCAUCCAUAUUGUCAAUCGAGAGAGCAGCAGUGAAGAUUUGAAUUGGCACUUGCGUUUUUAAUUCGCAAUAAAGGAUAGUGCCGGAUAUCCGUUACUUUAUUGGAAACCAUUUAGUCGCCUAAAGACAGUACAUUUCGUCCUAAUGGUUUAACCAAAAAUGCUUUUUCUUUAGCCCUGAUCUAUGUUGAAAACUUGAACGAAAGAAAGAAAACCCGUGCAACAUAAGCAGGGGGCCUUGGGUUGCAUCUCGUUCUUUUCCAUUGGAUCGGGAAGAACGAUAACUAUUACCAACAUGUCGGCUGGACCCUACAACUAUUCCUACAUUUUUAAAUAUAUAAUCAUUGGUGACAUGGGCGUGGGUAAGAGUUGCCUGCUGCACCAGUUCACAGAGAAAAAGUUUAUGGCGAGCUGUCCACACACGAUUGGGGUCGAAUUUGGUACCCGAAUCAUCGAGGUUGACAAGCAAAAGAUCAAAUUGCAGAUAUGGGAUACCGCAGGGCAAGAGCGGUUCCGAGCGGUAACUAGAUCUUAUUACAGAGGAGCUGCUGGUGCUUUGAUGGUGUAUGAUAUUACGAGACGGUCUACAUAUAAUCAUUUGUCGAGUUGGCUGACCGACACGCGCAAUUUGACAAUCCCUAGUACUGUGAUAUUUCUCAUUGGCAACAAAUCGGACCUGGAGAGUACCCGCGAGGUUACAUACGAGGAGGCCAAAAAGUUUGCCGAUGAAAAUGGACUAAUGUUCGCCGAGGCUAGUGCAAUGACAGGACAAAAUGUGGAGGAAGCAUUCUUGGAAACGGCACGCAAAAUCUACCAAAGUGUUCUGGAUGGCAGUCUUGAUCUGAACUCGUCUGAGUCGGGCGUGCAGCAUAAACCAGCCCAGCUCGGCCGAACCACUUUAAGUAACGAUACCCAGACCAAUAAGGACAAUUGUUCCUGUUAAUCUCACCGCUGGCGCUGCCAAUUUUGGCAUAAUUUGGAGUCAAUGGUUCGUUUCUGUUAUCAAUGGAUAACAGAAAAAUGUUGAUCUGGAACACCAUUUUGUAGAUUUUUUAUGCACUCCAUUCGUUUUGCCAAAGUCCAAAAAUGGAACCACACCGAAAUCAGUAAUUGAUUACAGAAGAAUCCCUGUAUGAUUUACGUUUAAAUUUGCUAGGAAUACCAAUUGUAUCCAGAAUGUUUAUUCGUUGUUGAAUUUUUUUUUUAGAUUUUAAAUAAUUGCUGUUGCUAACAACUACCUAGAGCUAGGAUAACGUUAGAACUUUUCUUGUCAUAGCUCAUGUAUUACGUUUUGUUAUACAACGCCACAUGAAAAGUUCUAGAAUAUAUGUAUAGUAUAAACAUAUUACGAAUAGACAUAACAAUACAACAAAAUAUGAUUGAAUAUUUGUAACAGCAAUUUAGGAACAGCACCGAGGAUUGAUGAACUAUUUGGACAAUUUCGCGAACUAUAACCACUUUAACGAAGGAAGCGUAGCUGCACAUAUUUCAAAACCCUCCAACAAAAAUAAUCUCCAACUUUCAUAAUGAUAAUCUAACUUCCCGCGAGGCGUGAGUAAUGAUUAGAUACAAAGUUCAACAAUAGGCUUCAAAUAUUUCUUCUGAAUAUGCUUUUCUAAUUAGUUGCAUUUGGAACAUCAAUAGUGGAAUGUGUCCUUCAUUUCUAGUACAAAAAUAUAUAAAUUUAAACCUGGAAACGAUAGUUAAACUUCAGCAAAACUGAAACUGUUUUAAUCGUAGCCACAUUGAACAAAAAGAGAAACAAUCAUGAAAAAUGUCCAUUUUAUUGCAAUCCAAAUCGGGUUUAAUUUGCAACGUUUCAAACAGGCGCCAUAAAUGCCAACUUCAUCUUGAAGUGAAAUUUGAAUGGUGAAGUUAAGCAAAAACAAGUAUUAUCUCGAAAAACUAUAAAUGGAACAUAAAAGUGUUAGGUAAAAAAAUAAAGAAAGUAUAUUAUUCAGAUAGAAAUGUGGUACAUAUAUCCAUGAGAGGAAGGAUUCUUUAAUGGGAUAAUAGAAUUGAUGCUGUAAAAUAAAUAUUUAGAAUUGAAUUUCAGAUUCCAUCUAAUAA